UUCCGAAACCCUGACUCACGAAAACAACUUCAACCUUAUUGGUCUUGAAAAAAAUUAUGACACCUGUCUUGAGAAAACUAGAACUCGGCGGUAAUUUCACCUGCAACAACACAAGAGGUCAGUAUACCUUGGAGGGACAGAAGAGUGCUCGGCGAUCAGCUGAUAGGCGACCACUUUGAAGGACUCUCGUCGUCUGAAAAACCCUAAAUCCUAAUCCCCUUUCUAAGGCGAUUCGACAUUCGAAGGUGUCAGGCAACACUAUUUUAAACUUACUUCCGUGGAUUAAAGCUUCGAUUGGCAAGAAAUAUGAACCAUAUCGAACACUGGGAAUUCAACAAUGGUGAAGGAAGACAAUUUAACAGAAUUCUAGAAGAACAGGAGGAAGAAGAUGAAGACAACGAAAAUGGGAGAGGUCUUGAGGCUUGGGAGAGAGCUUAUGCGGAUGAAAGGUCAUGGGAGUCUCUGCAAGAGGAUGAGUCUGGACUUCUUCGCCCCAUUGACAACAAAAUCCUCUACCAUGCUCAAUAUCGUCGACGCCUCCGCGCUCUCUCCGCCACUGCAUCUACUGCUCGAAUUCAGAAGGGCCUCAUUCGCUUUCUCUACGUUGUUGCUGAUUUCUCCAGGGCAGCUGCAGAGAUGGACUUCCGACCAAGCCGAAUGGCUGUAGUUGCAAAGCAAAUUGAGGCUUUCAUUAGGGAGUUCUUUGACCAGAAUCCGCUUAGUCAAAUUGGCCUGGUAACUAUAAAAGACGGGGUUGCUCAAUUCUUAACGGAUCUUGGUGGCAGUCCUGAGUCGCACAUUAAAGCAUUGACGGGUAAAUUGGAGUGCUCUGGUGAUUCCUCACUUCAGAAUGCCCUUGAACUCAUCCAUGACAAUCUUAAUCAAAUCCCAUCAUAUGGUCACCGCGAAGUUCUCAUCUUCUAUUCAUCUCUAAGUACUUGUGAUCCUGGAGAUAUAAUGGAAACCAUCCAGAAAUGCAAGAAAUCUAAAAUAAGGUGUUCAGUUAUUGGUCUCUCUGCGGAGCUCUUUAUAUGUAAACAUCUCUGCCAAGAAACUGGUGGAUCAUACUCUGUCGCAUUGGAUGAGUCCCACUUAAAAGAGUUAGUGCUGGAGCAUGCACCACCACCUCCAGCAAUAUCAGAAUUUGCAAUUGCGAAUUUGAUAAAGAUGGGUUUUCCGCAAAGAGCAGCAGAGGGUGUUGUAUCAAUUUGUUCGUGUCAUAAAGAGGCAAAGGUUGGUGGGGGCUAUGCUUGUCCAAGAUGCAAAGCACGCGUUUGUGAUCUGCCUACUGAAUGCCGCAUUUGUGGGCUGACUCUUAUUUCUUCUCCCCACUUGGCAAGGUCGUAUCACCAUCUCUUCCCAAUAAGACUGUUUGAUGAGGUGGCUCCCUCACUUCUGAACAUUUCACAUAACAGGCUACCAAAAAAUUGUUUUGGUUGCCAGCAAAGUCUUCUCAAUCCUGGAAACCAAUCUAACCUUACUGUUGCUUGUCCAAAAUGUAAACACCACUUUUGCCUUGAUUGUGACAUCUACAUUCACGAGAGCUUGCACAAUUGUCCGGGUUGUGAGAGCUCCAGGCAUCCCAAGUUGGUCGGUGAUAAUGUGGAAUGACACGCUCUAAUUUGUUUCUGCCUCCAAAAAGUUGUUGGAGUUCAGUGAUUUCGUCAGUCAAUGCAACUGAAGAAUGAAACCGUGCCAGAAAUCUCCAUAAAUAAUUUCAUCGCCCAAAAUGGCAGUCCUACUUUGUUGUCAUUAUUUUUGUAGGUCACAUUCAGGCAACCUCGCGACAUUCUUAGAAGCGGUGGCCUCAACUUCUAAGGAAUCUGACUGUUUUGUGUCCAAGAGUUUACCCGGUGGACUGCUGGUUUUUGGAUGUUUUGAGUCAUUAUUUCUACCCAACACUAGAAAGGAAAUGGAUCCUCUCUAAGCCUUUUUUUUUUUUUUCCUGUCUAAGCAUAGGUAAGCUUAAAUCCAAGGAUGAGAAAAGUGUCAUGUAGGUUCAAUGCUACUACGAUUUCUAGCACAAUUUUAUCUCAACAAAAAUAAAUGAAGUGGGAUGUUUCUAACAAUUGGAUGUGGGCUUGAAGAUGCUGAACAGAAAAAAAGUGAUCUAUUUUAGAAAAGAUGCAUUAGCACUUGAUUUGUAGUGGAUCUUUUUAUCUUUGCGUAUUUAUCAAAGAUUUUUAAUUA